AUCUGCUGCUGGAAGAUGCAAAACAAAAAACAAAGUUGAACGUGCACAAGGGCAUAUUGUCAUGUGUGUCCUCCUUUACCUUGUGUGAGGUCUAUAUUUAGCCAGUUUAACUCAGGCAGGAAAACUAAGUUCGGAAAGAAUUGGAGGAAGUCUAGUGGUCCCUUAGACAAACAAAGCUUACACAUACCGUAGGGCUCUGCACUGGCUGAACACACAAUCCCAGUGUGAGCUGAACAAGACAAAGGACUUCAGAUAAGAGAAUCUGAGAGAAGAGUUUGGAGAGGAGUUUUUCUGGCUGUAGCAGACUUCUGGAUCCAUCCGAUUCUUGGGUUUUACAUCUAAAAUUUGAGGAGAUUAUAAAACUGAUCAAAGGACGUCUGGAUUUACGGCUUAAGUGGAUAGUUUCUGGUAUUUAUUAAGGUUUGGGAUCUACUGUCCAUGUGCUGUUUGCUGUCACCACAGUCCUGAAAGCCAGAGAGAACUGACCUCUGCGUUGCCACUGUUGUGGAAGUAUGGGAUCAUCCACUCUGGGCAAGGCAGCUUCACUUGAUGCACUGCUAAUUGAAUGCAUUCAUACAUUUGAUGAUGACGGUCAGCUCCAUGGUAACCUGCUUCCACGUACACUGCUCCUAAUGCAUCGCUGGUAUGUUACAUCGGCUGAGCUUGCAGGAAAACUACUGAUGAUGUACCGUGACUGUAAAGAUGACGACUGCAAGACGACCAGGCUAAAGAUUUGCUAUUUGAUGAGGUACUGGAUUGUGACCUUCCCUGCAGAAUUCAACCUGGAUUUGGGACUGAUCCAGAUAAUGGAGGAGUUCAGGGAGGCUGCCACUCAACUUGGUUGUGAGGCGCAUUUUAAACUCAUCGACAUUUCAGCCAUUCCAUCCUAUGAUUGGAUGAGGAAGCUGACCCAAAGGAAGAAGCAAGCUAAGAAAGGGAAAGCCUCACUGCUGUUUGACCAUCUGGAGCCUGUGGAGCUGGCAGAACACCUCACAUUCCUGGAGUUCAAGUUUAUCCGGAGGAUAUCAAAACUCUUGCACCUGCAGAAUUUCAACACUCUGAUGGCGGUGGUGGGAGGUCUGAGCCACAGCUCCAUUUCUCGUCUAAAGGAAACCCAUGCAUACCUGGCUCCAGAAGUUCUGAAGAUGUGGAACGAGAUGACGGAGCUGGUGUCUUCCAAUAACAACUACUCCAACUACAGAAAGGCCUUCAGUGAAUGCAGAGGUUUUAAAAUCCCCAUACUGGGCGUACACCUGAAGGAUCUGAUCGCAGUGCACGUCGUCUUUCCUGACUGGGUCGGUGACGGCAGUCUGGUGAACCUGGUGAAGAUGCAUCAGCUUUACAUGACAUUCAAUGAGCUGGUGUCACUGCAGGGUCUGGUAUCCCAUGUGGAGCCCAACAUGGACCUCAUAUAUUUGCUGACACUUUCUCUUGACCUUUAUUACACAGAAGAUGAGAUUUAUGAACUAUCCUUGUUGAGAGAACCACGCAGCCUCAAAUCUCAGCCUACAUCUCCAACUACUCCCAACAAGCCUUUGGCUCCACUAGACUGGGCCUCGGGGGUCACCACCAAACCGGAUCCCUCUGUUGUCAAUAAACACAUUCGCAAAUUGGUGGAAUCUGUCUUCAGGAAUUAUGACCAUGACCAUGAUGGGUAUAUUUCACAAGAAGACUUUGAGAGUAUUGCAGCUAACUUUCCAUUCCUGGAGUCUUUCUGCGUUUUGGAUAAGGAUCAAUUGCUGCGCUUGAGUCGGUUUCUGGGCGUAUUCUCUAACCUUCUCCUUUAUUUUUGCUUCCGCAUGCAGCUAUGGGGAAUCAUCAAACAAGGCUACAAGUGCAAAGACUGUGGCGUUAACUGUCAUAAGCAAUGUCGGGAACUGUUGGUUCUGGCCUGCAGGAAGCAGACCCGCACAUGCUCACUAAGCAGUGAUGCUCCAGCCAGGCUGACCCACAGCUCUUUGCCCAACAGCCCAACACUGCCCACAUAUGAGGACGAUGUGUUUGAGUUCCCCGCUGUCCCCUUUGCAGGUCAGCCUGCCGAGCCUCAGUCCAUCACCCUAAUGACAGGCUCAGCACAAAGAAUAUCUGUGUGCCUGCAGAGGGCCACCACCAACCAAGCCACACAGACUGAGCCGCUAUGGCCUGAGCUUAGCUGGGGGUGUGCAGACAGUGGCUCACACACCUUCCCUAAGAUGAAAUACAGAACUCAUAGAAAAGCAUCUAAAAAUGUAGGAUUUGCCAGCUGGGAAAACCACAAUGACAGACAGCAGCCUGGAGCUUCCCCACAGAGCAAUGGAGACUAUCAUCAGAGGCCAGACAUCUGUGGAAGACGGAAUGGAGAAACCAAUACUGUGAAGGACAGCUGACUUGGCCACAGAGGUAAAGGUCAGAACCAGAGGAACACAGGGACCAGGCGGCUCGUCUCACUGGGGAGAACUUUAGGCUGCUUCAAAUCCCCAUUCAGUGACUGGAAGUUUUCUCACCUUUUCUAGAGCCACCACAGGCAGACAGCUGCUUUCAGGGACAAGUUUGGUGCGAAUCGUUUCACUUCAGGACACUGAAAAAUCAUUAGACUGAGGAUGGCUCCUGACAAGACACUGCGUGAUGAAUUACAAAUGAAACAAGUGCAAAAAAUGGAAAGUACACAAUACGCUUUGGGCACAGUA